GGAAAACAAGUUCAUCCAAUAAUUGAUCAUCAAUACCCUUUCUGGAAUUUCUCUUUACACAGUUGCAAAAUUUUCUCUAUACACAGUUUUCUUUCUGUAAAUUUAAUCUGAUAAAAGAAACCAUGGUUUGGUGGGAAGCAGUGUUAUCUCCAGCUCUGCAGGUUCUUUUUGACAAAUUAGCUUCAGGGGAAAUCCUGAACAUACUUAAAGUAUGGAAUGUUAGUGAACUGUCACUUGACAAACUCAAGAUUUCUUACUUCAUCAAUACCGCUGUGCUUGAUGAUGCAGAAGAGAAACAGUACCUCAAUCCAGCAGUUGAGACUUGGAUCGACAUGCUCAGAGACGCUGUGUUUGAAGCUGAGGACACUCUUGAUGAACUGGCUACUGAAGCCUUGAGAUGCAAACUAGAACCGAAUCCUCAGAUAUUUUCCCAGCAGGUGCGUAGUAAUUGGAACUUUAUCGGUAUGAAAUCAAAAAUAGAAGAGCUUAUAACUAGACUAGAAUACAUUGCAAAACAAAAAGAUAUUCUUGGUUUAGAAAGUAACAAAAAGUCUUGCUAUGGAAAGAUGUAUAGGGGUCCAAGUACUCCAUUGUUACGUGGAUCCCAUGUUUAUGGAAGGUAUGCUGAAAAAGAGGAACUAAUCAAGUUGUUAGUUUCUGAUUGUGAUCAUGAUACAAAUAGAGUUGCUCCCUUUUGUGUAAUUCCUCUUAUUGGUAUGGGAGGGAUUGGAAAGACAACUCUUGCUCGGAUUGUCUAUAAUGACAAGAGAAUCUGUGAGGCGUUUGACGUAAAAGCUUGGGCUUGGGUGUCUGAUGAUUUCAACGUAACAAGUAUAACCAAGUCACUGUUUGAAUCUGCCACUGCCAAACCCUUUGACACAAAUAGCUUGGAAAUUAUUCAGAAUGGUCUGAAGCAUCUGUUCAGCAAAAAGAGAUUCUUGAUUGUCUUGGAUGAUGUAUGGACUGAGAGCUGUGAUGACUGGAAUGAGCUGUUGAUCCCUUUUUUCGAGGGGGAUCAAAGAAGUAAAAUAAUCGUUACAACACGAAAUGAAGGGGUUGCAUCAAUCACUGGAACGCUUGCACCUUACCGUCUACAGGAAAUGUCACAUGAUGCUUGUUGGUCUUUGUUCUUGCAUCAUGCUUUUGGUGUUCGAGGCUUGGACAUGCAUGCGAAUUUGAAAGAUAUUGGAAAAGAGAUCGUGAAGAGGUGUAAAGGCUUGCCUUUAGCUAUCAAGACUCUAGGAGGUUUGUUGGCCUCGAAAUUGGACAUUGCUUACUGGAGUCAAGUCUUGAAGAGUGAUUUGUGGGAUUUGCCUUCCACGAAAUAUUCUGUUCUACCGUCUUUAAGAUUAAGCUACCAUCAUCUUCCACCAAAUUUAAAGAGAUGCUUUGCAUACUGUUCAAUAUUCCCGAAAGGGUAUGAGUUCAACAAGAAAGAUCUAGUUUUGCUGUGGAUGGCAGAAGGAUUUGUGCAGCCAUUUUCGCAGAUAACUAUGGAGGAAGUGGGCAAUGGAAAUUUUACCGAACUGCAAUCUAGGUGCUUUUUUCAAGAAUCCUCGCAAAAUAGAUCUCUCUUUGUGAUGCAUGAUCUAGUACAUGACCUGGCACUUAGUGUUUCCAGGAAAACAUGUAUUCAGCUGGAGGACAAUUGGAAAAGCAGAUUGUACCAGAAUUGCGAGAAGGCUCGCUAUUUUUCAUGCAUUCGUGGUAAAUAUGAUGUCUUCAGAAAAUUUGAAAUGCUCAGUGAUAUGAAGCGUCUACGCACGUUCUUACCACUAGCACCAUUAGAAGGAGCUGAAUUUUGCUAUUUAACAAAGAAAGUACUGUCAGAUAUUUUGCCUAAGUUAAGCUGCCUUCGGGUGUUAUCUCUGAGCUAUUAUUGUAUCACUGAGAUUCCGGAAUCCAUUGGAUGCUUGAAGCAUCUUCGCUUCAUCAAUUUUUCAUACACAGAAAUUAAAUGCCUUCCACAGUCGUUCAGUAAUCUUUACAAUCUACAAACCUUGCUCCUACACAACUGUGACUAUCUCAUUGAGUUGCCUGCUGACAUGGGGAAACUGCUCAAUCUACGCUACCUUGAUGUUAGUGGAAGUGGUAUACGAAAUAUUCCUCUGGGACUAGAUAAAUUGGUGUGCCUCAGGACAUUACCAGAGUUUGUAGUGGGUAGUAAUAUUUCUAGUAUCACGACAUUACCAGAGUUUACAGUGGGUACUAAUAGUUCUGGUAUAUCCAAUCAAGAAGGUAAAGGUUCUGGUAUAGGUGCAUUGAGCAACUUGUUGCACCUUGAGGGUUCACUUUCAAUAUUGAAUUUGGAAAAUGUGGAUGAUGUUUGGGAUGCACACAGAGCUAGCUUGAUAACUAAGAAACACCUUACUGAGUUAUUGUUGCAAUGGAGCAACGGGUUUGAGGACUCGGAGAAGGCUAAUAAGGCAACUGAUGUUCUUGAGUUGUUACGACCCCAUCGAAAUAUAGAGAAGGUUACCAUCAAUGGCUAUAGUGGUACACAACUUCCAACUUGGAUCGGGAAUCAUUCGUUCUAUAAGCUGGUUUCUUUGAGUUUAAGCGAUUGCAGAGGCUGCCGGAUUCUACCAUCACUAGGACAGCUUCCUUCACUCAAAAAUCUCAUGGUUAAGGGACUUAGUGAGAUAAAAAGCAUCGGUGAUGAGUUUUUUGGCUAUAAUUCAACCACAUUGACCCCUUUUGCAUUGUUAGAGACUCUAACCUUUACAGAAAUGCUGGAAUGGGAAGAUUGGUUGUUUGAUUGUGAUGGAGAUAUGGAAGCAUUCUCUAACCUCUUGGAGCUCCACUUGGAGGAGUGUCCUAAACUGCGAGGCACAUUACCUGACUUCCUUCCUUGCCUCGUUAAGCUUGUGAUUUAUGACUGUCAACAAUUGGAUUCUUCUCUUCCGCGACUUCCACAACUUCAUGAGUUGGAGCUAAGGAGAUGUAACAUUAGGUUGAUUAGCAACUCAUGUGAGGUGACAAAACUCGCUUCAUUGCAACUGUAUAAUAUUUCCAAUGAAUAUCUACCAGAAAGUUUCCUGCAAAACUUGACCACUGUUGAGAGAUUGAUUAUCAGUGAUUGUUGUGAGCUUGUGCAUCUAUCGAGGAACAAGAAUGAAUUGCAGUACUUAACAUCUCUUCGACGGUUGGUAAUCAGGAACUGUGACUUACUGGUAUCCCUUUUUGAGGAAGGGAAGAAGUUGCCUCACGGAUUGGAAUAUGUAGAACUGGAUAGUUGUCAUAAUCUGCUGAAGUUGCCAUCUUUACUUCAUACUUUAGCGUCCCUUGAAGAAGUUCUAAUCACAGAUUGCCCAAGGCUGGAAUCUUUUGCAGGAAAGAUAUUUCCUUCUAACUUAAAAGGCCUUGCCAUUCAAGGAUGCAGUUUGGAGUCUUUACCUGAAUCUGUGAUGAACAAGAUCUCAUCUCUCAAGUACUUGUCCGUCCAUGGGUGUUUAAUGCUAACUUCUUUUCCAAGAGAUAGUGAGUUGCUUCCAACCACAUUUCAGCAGCUGACAAUUGAGAAAUGCCCGAAUCUGGAGUUUCUUCCUGAAGGGAUGAUGCAUAGCUGCAACACAUCUCUUCAAGUACUGGAGAUUUUCGAUUGCUCUUCUAUCUCAUCAUUCCCGGGAGGCCAACUGCCAAAAACUUUGAAAACGCUCACAAUUUGGAACUGCUUCAAUCUCGAGGCAUUACCUGAUAUCAGAACCGAAACAAUGCUUCUUGAAUCUUUAAGGGUUGGGAAUUGUACAAAUCUCAAGCACUUGCCUCAUGGCUUGCACAAGCUGUUGAAUCUCAAUUACUUGGAAGUUGAUGGCUGCCAUGGUAUCGAAUUCUUUCCCCAAGGAGGCCUUCCACAAAACCUAACAAAAGUACUAAUCCUCGACUGUGAGAAUCUGAAGUUCCUUCCGAAGUGGAUGCAGAACCUCACAUCUCUUGAAGAGCUUCAGCUAUCUAAUUGUCCUUCAAUCACAUCUUUUCCGGAGGGUGGUCUUCCCACUAACCUUGUGUCUUUGGAUGUCAAAGAUUGCAAUAAUCUUAUGCCAAUGUCUGAAUGGGGAUUGCACAGGCUUGCCUCUCUUAGAAGGCUGACAAUUCAUGGGAUCAGUUCAAAUCUUUCUACUUUUCCUGAAUGGUUGCUUCCAUCAACUCUAGAAACACUCGAUGUCGUUCAGUUAUCAAAUCUGGAAUCUCUUUCUCCCUGGAUGCAAAAUCUCACUGCACUCGAAAAUCUGAAGGUCAAGGAUUGUCGAAAAGUUCUUUCUUUGCCAAAGGAAGGGGUGCCACCAAUGCUAUCCUAUCUAGAGAUAAGUGGAUGUCCCUUGCUUGAACAAAACUGUGAGUGGUCCAAGAUAGAUCAUAUCCCUUGCAUUGUGAUGUAGGCUACAAGAUGGAUUGCGUAUGUCCGUUUUGGCCCAACAGACCUCAUGGAUUUGUCCCUUGGGUUGCACCAUCAUCGGGUCCAAAAGCGCGUGUACCAUGUGAACUUAUGAUGUGCCUUAUAAAGUUCUUCACUUUCCUCUUCCAUUCCGAUGUGAGAUUCGUCUAAGGUGUCAUUUUUCCUUCUUUACAAGCUUGUCAGCCGAGAAGCCUGUCAGUCCAUUUCUUUUUGACCCAUCCUCGUCGGCCCGCUAUCCGUCAUGGGCUUUACACGAAUGCAUGUUUAUCUCUUUGAGUUCUGAUAUAAACAGUAGUGAUCUUGAUGUGUUUUAACAAGAGGUAUGACAAAUUUCAUCUGCAUGUACUUUAACAUAUCCUUUAGAAUUAACAUCUUUAUCCUGUUUUUUAGUUUAUAUCCAGCACUUACACCGUUACACGACAUUUUAAAUAGUAAUAAAUAGAUCGAUGAAGUGGACAACCA